AUGGCACCCUAUGUCAAGCUAGCCGCCUUCUUCGGACUCGCGAAACAACUGAUCGUAGCGACCUUCGCACAAGCUACUGCUGGACCUAUAGUCGAUCUGGACUAUAUUAAGUACCAUGGUCAUUACAACGACACCCUCGAAAUCAACGAAUUCCACGGUCUUCGCUUUGCUGAGGGUCCUCUCGGGCCCUUGCGUUGGAAGGCACCGCAGCCUUACAAGCCGCAGAAUAUGACCGAUGCUAUCGUGGAUGCUACACAAUCCGGCCCGCCUUGCGUGCAAGGAUUUCCGCAGUGGACAAUAUCCGGCCCUGUUCAAAUCGUCGGAUCAGAAGACUGUUUGUUCCUCGAUGUUUACGUUCCUGCAAAUGCAACGAAGGGCAGUAACCUCCCAGUCGCAUUGAGCAUACCGGGCGGUGGUUACGUGAUGGGAUACGCAAGCCAGAGUUCGCCGUAUGCAUUAAUGCGCCACUCGAUGAACUCAUUCAUUUUCGUUAACAUACAAUACCGCCUCGGUGCGUACGGCUUCCUAGGAUCCACUAGAUAUACCAAAGCAGGUGGCGCGGCCAAUGUUGGCUUAUUAGACCAGCGACUUGCGAUGGAAUGGGUACAACAGAAUAUCGGAGCUUUCGGAGGCGACCCAUCAAGAGUGACAAUUUUGGGCGGGAGUGCAGGUGGCGGGAGUGUGACAAGCCAUUUGAUAUGGAAAGGAGGGGUUGACAAGCCACCUUUUCGAGCAACAAUGGCGGAUUUCCCCUUUUGGCAACAGUAUCUUAGGGAAGAGCAGUUGGCAAAGCAAUACGAUAAUCUGUUGGCGUCAGCAAAUUGUUCGACACUCGAAUGCUUGCACGAACUUCCAGAAGAGAUAUUGAAGGAGGCUACACAGACCACUUACAUCUCGGCAUAUGCGGACAAAGCGUAUGGCUAUGGCAACUUCUACUACGGACCUUACGUAGACGGGGAUUUAAUCCGCGACCUUCCAUCUCGGGAAUUCCGCGCAGGACAUUUUGUACAAGUGCCCACAUGGACUAGCAGGGAAGGAUACGAGGGUUUUACGUUCAGUAACCAGUCGAUGACCACCAUCAAGGAAGAGACCGAGGAUUUAAGAAACCAGUUCCCACGAGCCAACGAGGAAUUUGUGGAAGAUGUGUUCGGACUGUAUCCUCAGGAGCAGUUCAAUUCCACGUUCUGGCAGCGUCUAACCUGGUUUGGGUAUGUCUUCGCACUUUCGGACCAUUUGAUCGGACUAACGCAAUGUAGCGACUUCUCUAUUAACUGUCCCACGUACUACGUUGCUUCCUCGCUCGCCUUAUUCGGUGUUCCCGUAUAUAAGCAGAUAUUCAAUGUCGGUACGCAACUUCAUGGCGCCGUCGGCCCCUAUCUAGCUGAUCUCGACUAUGCGUUCGAGCCCGGCGCCAAUGUAACGCUGGCAAGUAUUUUGCGGGACUGGUACGUCUCUUUUGUCGUCCACAAUGAUCCUAACGCGCAAAGUUGGAGCGGUGUUCCAAAGCCAAUCUGGCCGGAAUACGAGCCAAGUGGAGAAGUAAUGACCGUCAACUUUACAGAGCUUGGAGCUGUGGACGAUAGGCACUACGAUAAUACAAAGCGGUGCGGAUUCUUUUGGGAGAAUGCGGGGACGGUGCAGAACUAA